UCCCUUCUCUCUCUCUCUCUGCACUGUCAGCCUCAGCAGUCUCCAGACCAGAGCGAGACACUGGUGCAGCGCCGAUCCCCCCACAUGCACGUGCAUGAUUUGUGAGUGGCAGGUUCUUAAAAAAAAGGCUCAGCACCGAAGUGUGUACAAGUGUGCAUGAGAAUGUUUUUCUGAAGCAUCUUUUUGUGCGGAGGAGCAUGUGUGCGGGCCGAGAGACAGUGUGAGGAUGCAUGGUUGGCAGGUGUUGUCGUGAUCGGUGGAGUUUUUGGUGUACUAUCGUUGUGUUGUUUGCCUUCCCCCUUCUCCUCCGAUUUGGUUAUCCUGUGAGGACAAAAAGCAUCCUGCUGGGAUGUCCACCUCGCCUGGUGCAAAUGAUGGGAGCCAAAGGAACUCUUUGGAGCUCGAUGCAGAGCACGCACAGAGAGUCCCCGGGGCGGAGCAAGGAGGGGGCCUGCCACCCCAGGUGAAGCUGAAAGAGAGGCAGAAGUUCUUUGAGGAGGCCUUUCAGCAGGACAUGGAGCAGUACCUGUCUACCGGCUACCUGCAGAUUGCUGAGAGGCGAGAACCAAUAGGCAGCAUGUCAUCCAUGGAGGUGAAUGUGGACAUGCUGGAGCAGAUGGAUUUGAUGGACAUGUCUGACCACGAGGCUCUGGAUGUGUUUCUGCACUCUGGAGGAGAGGACAACAGCGCUGCCUCACCUGUUGCAGGUCCAGACGUCGAGUCCUUCACCACAGAGAUCAGCCUCCAAGUUCCCACCCAGGCCGAGCUACGACACAAGCUCUCUUCAUUAUCAUCCACCUGCACUGACUCCGCCAGCCAGGACACAGAGGCCGGGGAGGAGGACGAGGAGGAAGAGGAGGAGGAGGGUGAGCAAGGAGGAGGAGGGGGCGUUGGGGGAUCAGGAGCAGCAGGAGGAGGAGGAGGAAGGAGGAGAAGACCCCCUGUGGUAGUGACCCUGGAUGAAGAAGAGGUGCACCCUGACACGGUGCUGGUGGACAGGGUGGAGCGCGAAGAUCAGACCAGCAAAGACUGUGAGGAAAGCAGGCCAGAGGUUUGAGGAGAGGCGGAGUGAGACACAAACACCCAACAGCUGCCAAAUCAAACUCAGACAUAACGAUAUUGGCUUUGUUCUUAAUAUUCCUCUCAUAUGUCAGAGAAACAUAUGAUAGAAAGUGCAACCUCAGUGCGCUAACUGCCACAUGACCUUACCUUGAGAGACGCGAGUUUUCAAUUCUAAUUGAUCUUAUAAAACAGGUUUUUAUUCCUUUUUAGCAUAACGUCAUCGAACGGCUUAGCGUUUCUCCUCUUUCUGUUUCUCCUGCUGUAUGUCGAGGCCUGUUGCUGAUUAACGACUGAGUAAUGAGGACAUAGAAACACACUAAAAAUCACCCACACGACCCACGCUAUGCUCCAUCCUUUACUUAUAGACUGCAGCGGUCAUGUGUUUCCCAUUAUUGCUUGUGUUGGAGAUUAAGCGUAGAGCCUAAAGUACCCCAUUUGGCCAAAAUAAAGAAGCUAGCUUUUAAAAUCUAACUGCAGGUCAGGAAUGUGAAGUCAGUUUUUAAUCUGUAAAAGAAAUGUUGCCAUGCAAAUUCACCGGCCAAAGAUUUUAUACUUUAUAAAAUCCACGUGUGUGAAACCAGGUUUGGUUCUGUUUGCACAGGUUUUCUAAAAUAUGUGCUCUAUGAAACUGUUCUAGGGGUUAAAGCUAUGAAAUGAGACUUUCAAUUGUGCAAUUUCUCUUCCAAAAUUCAUUUUAGUGCAACAAAUGCAAAGAUAUACUACUCACAGAAAUGAAGGGAACACUCGAUCAUUACUUGGUAUGACAUAAAGUCGUUUAAACUUCGGGAUAUUAGUCUUUCCUUUCAUUUGAAGCUUUGCUGCAAGUGAAAGUGAACUGAAGAGGCAACAACGAGUGGUUUUGCCACAAAGCAUCGAUCUCUCGUUAUUCCCCCCCCGACUAGUUUCUCCAGUCCAGCUCCUCUAGGAUGGCAAAAUGACCUCCAGCAGAGCGACUCGUGCAUGUUUCUCACCAAACUGUCAGAAACAAACUCCACGAGGGCCCGAUGUGCUUCAGUGCAGAGCCCGGCACCGUGCAGCUCAAGUACAUCCGCCUGAGAACACUAGAUCCGUGUAUGGAUCUGCCAUCCUGGAGGAGCUGGACUACUUGUGCAACCUGAACAGGCUGGAGGUACGAUCUCACGCUAGCAGCAGUGAUAAGGACGCGAGUGAAAAGACAAACUAGAGGAUUAGGAGGGAUAAGGAGAGAGGAUUUUUGUGGUGGUCGUCUUGUUGUUGCCUCUCCGGUAAACCUGUUAUCACUAUGACUUACACCAAAGCAGCUGAAAUGGAUUCACAAUGCUUUCUGCUUCCUAGCCGGACAGACUGAUAUCACUGAAGUUCAACUGACUAUGAUGCUCGAGCGUUCCCUUAAUGUUUUUUUGAGCAGUGUACUUAUUGAUCGCUUUUUUCUGAAGAAAAAGGAUGAAUAUUUUAUCACUUUCUGAAACCAAAAAGCCAAAAGCAUUUCUUUCACUGUUUUAAAAGUCUUCUAGAUCACGUCGGAUGUAAACUACCAGUUCAAAACGGUUUUGUGCCAUUACCCAGUAGAAACAAAGCUUAAUAGCAGGCAGGCACCUGACAGUGGUUUCUGAAACACAUUGUAUAGCAGACAUAUGGGUGAAGAUCAGGUACAAUGAUAAAAAUGACUUACCACACACACACACACACACACACACACACACACUUAUACAGGACAGUUACCCUUUGCCAUUCCUUUGAUAUGUGAUCUCUGGGUGAACUUCUUCUGUUGAACGAGGACCAAAUCCCUGCUGUGGACUGUGUGCUAUGCACUGGACAAUGCCCAGAAGACUGAACUGCAUCCAGACCUCAGUGUCUGCAGUUGUUGACAUUUGUGCAAUGUGACAGCAUUACUGCUUCCUUCUUUUUCCCUUGCCUAAAAUUUCUGACUUGUUGCUAAUAAACAUUUGUCCCCCGGCA